AUCCCUCAUCAGGUAGUGACUCAUUAGUUUUGGCUAGAUUAAACACACCCUAAAUUCUUGUUUGAAAUAAAUAGGGCUUGUACACGAGUAGAAUAAAGAGAUAAUGUAGGCUUUGCAAGAAAGCAGUCGUUUUAUUGGUGUUUUGUUUAGUUCUCUGAAUAACCACCCACCUAUUGCCAUUGUUUUAUUCCUGGGCUUCAUCUGCCAGAUGAAGCGCUUCCCACAUUUAUUUUCAGGUCCUGAGAGAGGCAAAUAUGUCAGGAAUUUAAAUGAAUCCAACAGCAGCACCAGAUGGAGCUUGGUAUUGGGCAGGCUGGAGCUUGGUAUUGGGAAAGCUGGAAGGGGGGCAGGGGGAAGAAGGAGAUAGAGAAGAAUAAAACACGUGGUUAUUAAAUAUUAUCAACAGCAAGAUUUUCAUGAGUGUCUGCUUGUCCCAAGCAGAAUAGAAGGUGUUAAAGGGGGCUGUGGGUGUGAUUGCAAACAGAGACCAAUUAGUCAUGUUAGGUCUAAUUGUCCUCUCACUGAAAACCUGCUGGAUUUGCUGUCUGCCCCAAGAUUCUCCCUCCUUGCAAAGUGUUCUUCCACAAAUUCUUCCAGGAAAGCCCAAGGUGUACCAAGGUGUGAGGGUGAAGAUCACAGUCAAGGAGUUGCUGCAGCAGAGGAGAGCACGACAAGCAGCCACCAGUUCAGCAGUGAGUAAAAAUAUUGUGGUGUUUGCUUUGUACCUUCUCUUUGUUUCCUGGGGCAGCAGCAGCGGCAUCCAGUUUGCAGAGUCCGUGUCUCCGCCUCACCCAGAACCUUUUGAAGCAGAACCCAUCCCUCCUGUGCCCAGCUGCUGCCCGUCCUGGCAGUUUUCCAGCUGCCUCUCCUGUGAGGAAAGCCCUGGGUACCUGGAGCAGCUGAUAGAUUCCUGCCUCCAGGAGCCACCCUCGGAGCCAGCCUUCAGUGCCCUGCAGCCCUCCUCACACUACACCCCAGACACCUUCCAGCCAGUCCAGCUCUGCUUCAACCAGGGCCUGGUGAGCUUUGGGAGCCAGGGGAGCAGCCACAGGUGUCCCCAGAGGGAAAGGGAGUCACAUCCUGGGGGCAGAACAGCGGCAGUGUGGGAAUCUGGCUCUCUGGACACCAAACCCUACAGCUGUCCCGUGGAGGAGUGGCCCUGCCACCCUCCCUGCCCCUUCCCCAGCCCUGCCUGCUGCUGCACAGCCUGCGGCCCCCAGACCAUGGACAGCAGGGGCCAGCACUGCUUCCCCUGCCCCAGCACGGACUGCCUGGAAUUCCUGCCAGCCCUGGCCGAGGACUUCCUCAGGAGGGACAGGAGCUGUGACAUUUGCUACAGCUAAUGGGACUGUGGUUUCACACAUCCACUCUAUCCAAAGCAGAUUAAAUUGCCCAUGAACUAUGCAAAGUUCUGCUGCCUAACAGAGUCCAGUUUAUUCUUCACUACUUACACGUUUUUUUACACGAUGCUGUCACUACAUUAAUCUCGGGUCAGGGGUGUUUUGUUGUUGUUGUGGUGGUUUGGUGGGGUUUUUUCCCUGUUUUUAUUUUCAUUGUUGCUGUUUUUUAAAUAAAUCUGAAGCUGCCUUAUCAAACACUUGUCAUUAAACCAGCUCUUUUUGAUACAAAUAAAUCACUUGGUGCAAAUGCUGAAACCUGGUCAUUUUUCAUGUGUUAAGGAGUGCUUUUCUCUCCUGCUGUUGAUCCAGGCUGCUGUCCCUGCUCUCACAGAGGUGAGGAUGAGAUUUUGAGAAGCCUAUUCAAGAAAGGUCUUGCUCACCCUUUCCAGCAGAUACAAAGCCCAUUUUUAAUCCAGCUUUUCCCAGAGUGUGUGCACUCUGAGCUGGAUCUGCAGCUCCCCACCUCUGGCUGCCCUGGUGACAUUUCCCAGUGGCUCUGGCAGAAAAGGAAAGCUGCUGUUUGCCACACCAACCCAGGCUUUAGCCCACAGCCCCUCAGAGGUAAAAUCCAGAGCCAAACUUCUGUGGCUGCUGCUCAGCCCCAGCUUCUCUGUGGAGACAGAAUUUCACUGCGAGGCUGAUGUAGUUUGGCAGCCCUUGGUCGAGUUUGGGCUGUGGA